AUGCAAAUCAAGCUUCUAGCCUCACUGCCUCAAGGCCAACCUGGUGUUUUACAUCACUGUACCGAAACUCUUGUAGCCUUUGAAUACACCCGCAGUCAUGUACCGAAGCCACACACGCUCGUGUUUGUGGGCGGCCUGGGCGACAGCCUCGGCUCAGUUGACUAUCUGAACGACGUAGUCCGUGCCCUAGAUCCAUCCCAAUGGAGCGUGUUCUCAUUAAUCCUGUCCUGCGCCGGCGGCGGCUGGGGCAUGGGCCGACUAGGCAAGGACAUUGACGAACUGUCACAGUGUGUCUCGUACAUCCGCAAGUACAAGGAGCCACAAUUUGGCGCCGGAAAGGUGGUAAUCAUGGGUCAUUCUACGGGCAGUCAGGACGUGAUGCACUACAUCAAUUGUCCCAACCCGCGGCCGGCACAUCCGGUCUUCGACCGCAAUUGGAAGCCCAUCGUGCGGGUACCUGUUGAUGGGGCGAUUAUGCAAGCACCUGUCUCCGAUCGCGAGGGCAUUCUGUGGGUUGUCAAGUGCGGUACUGCGCGUGAUAGCCCUGCCAAGAUGCGCGCGUUAUACAAUAAGGCUGUUGCGGAUGCGCGACGUGCAACCUAUGAGGAUCACGAUCUCGUUGAUACUGUUGUGCCGUUAUCGGUGACAUCGCGAAUUGGAUAUCCGCCCUCUGCACCGGUUAGCAGUCGGCGGUUCUUGAGUCUGGUCAGUCCAGACAGUCCGGAGAAUCCGUCUGAGGAUGAUCUGUUUAGUUCCGAUUUGAGCGAUGAACAGUUCCGCGGGACUUUCGGGAAGAUUCGAGAGAGGGGCUUACUCAAUCAGAAGAUGCUUGUGCUCUACUCUGGAAGGGAUCAGUCGGUCCCGCCGUGGGUUAAUAAGGAGGCUCUCUUGAAGAGAUGGCAAACCGCUGCUGAUGGGAGUGGGCGGCAGAUCUGGGAUUCCAGAAGUAUGGUCAUUCCUAAUGCAUCGCAUGCACUGAGCGACAGUGAUCAAGCGGAGCCACGCCGGAUUUUGGUGGAAAGGGUGACGGCUUAUUUAGCUGAUAUUGAGCGGGGGUAG